AGAGAGAGGGCAGACCGGGUAGUAAAGGACAGGAUGUCUAUUCAGUAUGAGGACCCCGCGUUAACGGGGAGUUACGAUGCUGUGGGGUCGUUCCCCAAAAGUUUUGGGUACGGGGUGGAGGAGCAGGACCUGGAGGAGAGCUGCUCCACAUCAGCUGACAAGCCGAGGAUACUGCUGAUGGGACUCAGGCGGAGUGGAAAGUCAUCUAUUCAGAAGGUUGUUUUCCACAAGAUGUCACCCAAUGAGACGCUGUUCCUCGAGAGCACCAACAAAAUCUACAAGGACGACAUCUCUAGCACCUCCUUUGUCAACUUCCAGAUCUGGGACUUUCCUGGCCAGGUGGACUUCUUUGACCCCUCGUUCGACAGUGAGAUGAUCUUCAAGGGAGCGGGCGCUUUGAUAUUUGUCAUUGAUGCUCAGGAUGACUACGUCGAGGCUCUCGGGCGGUUGCAUCUCACCGUAUCCAGAGCCUACAAAGUGAAUCCAGACAUCAACUUUGAGGUGUUCAUCCAUAAAGUAGACGGUCUGUCAGACGACCACAAAAUAGAAACACAAAGGGACAUUCAUCAGAGGGCUAACGAUGAUCUGGCAGACGCCAGCCUGGAGAAGCUUCACCUCAGCCUCUACUUAACCAGUAUCUACGACCACUCCAUAUUCGAGGCCUUCAGUAAAGUCGUCCAGAAGCUCCUUCCUCAGUUACCAACGUUGGAGAACCUUUUGAACAUUUUCAUAUCUCAUUCUGGGAUCGAGAAAGCCUUCCUGUUUGAUGUUGUUAGCAAGAUUUACAUCGCCACAGACAGCUCUCCUGUGGACAUGCAGUCCUACGAACUCUGCUGUGAUAUGAUAGAUGUUGUCAUCGAUGUCUCCUGCAUUUACGGGCUGAUGGAGGAUGGCAGUGGCUGUGCCUAUGACAAGGAGUCUUUGGCUAUCAUCAAGCUCAACAACACUACGGUGCUUUAUUUGAAAGAGGUCACAAAGUUCCUCGCUCUCGUCUGCAUCCUCAGAGAGGAGAGCUUUGAGAGGAAAGGUUUGAUAGAGUACAACUUUCAUUGUUUCCGAAAAGCCAUCCACGAAGUGUUUGAAGUCGGCAACUUGCCUCAAGACGUCAGCUCAUCCAGCAACAACCUGACGGGCCUAAAGUACGCCGGCGCGCUGAACGGAAGUGCUGUUUAAAGGGAAGGAGACGUGUGUGGUUUCUUUGGUUCACCUGAAGUGCAGCGAGGCCGCACAAUGUGGAGAAGUUAUAUGAAAGCACACAUGACUCCUGUCACACACAUGUUGCCUUAAUGUUUGCAACUGAAUGUGAAUCAGCUGAUGAACUGAUCUCAGAGUAAUGAAAAUGGACUAAAUCUGAUCUAAAAAAUGUAUCGAUCAGAAAUAUAUCUGUCCAGUAUUGACAGGUGUCAUAUGCCAAAAAAACAUAAUAAUGGUUCUUACUUUCUGCACCUUUAUCAGUAUGUAUGUCAGCUAUGUUUACCUUCUUGGCCAGUUACUUCUGUGUUCUCUGCAACAUAAAAAUACUCCUGAAUAACGUGUUUAAUAUGAGCAAAAAGCUCCAUUGACUCAAGCUCAAACUGUAUUUCCGCGAACAAAACUUUACAGUCCAAACUUCUUUCAUGUUCCUGCUCAUUUUACUUUGAAUUAUUAAGUGCUGGAAGUGGAUUUAAUCCCCUUUAUGAAAAAAAAGACAGCAGAGUGUUUGUUCUGCUGUGUUUUCUGUUGAUAAUGACUCAUGUGCUCUGCUCAGGAUCCCCACAGACCAGCACUGUGCCAGUUUCACCAUUAGAGCCUCGCUUUGAUUAAACUGCAUGUUGGAGUCUGGAAUGGAGUCUGGAAAUAACGGAUCAUGCUUUUCACUCGGACAAACACGACACGCCUGCUGACUGUCGACUUUUUUUUUCUUAAAGCUUGUGAUGAACGUUUUGAACACAUUUACUCCACAAAGAUUCAGUUUGUUUUGCUUUUCGGUGCGAGCGUGGAAUAAUAUUUUCAGAGAUGUUUUUAUUAUUAUUGUAUAUAAUUCUUUAAUAAAAUAUGUUUCAUAUUUUGGUGAGUGUAA